AGACAAACAUUGGUUUUGGUUGGUUCUGUGCUUUUUGGUAGCUCUGCUAUUCUCAAUGUUGUAUUGAUUGUAACAAUCUGUGUCAGCACCUCCAUUUUUCAGCACAAGAAAAAGCUUAGAAGAGUUAUCAAAGGUGACACGUGUGUUGAAAUUAAAUCCAAUUUGUGUUGCUUCACUUAUGAAGAGCUUGAAGAAGCUACCAAUGGAUUUGACAAAGAGCUAGGAAGGGGAGCUUUUGGUAUUGUUUACGAAGGAGUCAUCAACAACGACACAGAUUCCAAAACUCGGGUGGCAGUGCAAAAGUUAAACAGUUUUUUGUUGGAUCAAGCCCAUAGGGAAUUCAGGAAUGAGUUGAAUUCCAUUGGUCUCACUCAUCACAAGAACUUGGUUCGUUUACUUGGAUUUUGUGAGUGUAGAAGUGAAAGAUUGCUUGUUUAUGAGUACAUGAGCAAUGGCACUUUGGCAAGUUUUCUUUUCAAUGCUGAUGAUGAGAAACAAAAACCAAGUUGGAAACUAAGGCUAGAACUUGCAAUAGGUAUAGCUAGAGGACUUGUGUAUUUACAUGAAGAGUGCAUCACUAGGAUCAUCCAUUGUGACAUAAAGCCUCAGAACAUACUCCUUGAUGAUUACUUCAAUGCAAGAAUUUCUGAUUUUGGAUUAGCAAAGCUGUUGAACAUGAAUCAAAGCAAAACCAACACUGGCAUAAGAGGAACAAAAGGGUAUGUUGCACUUGAAUGGUUUAAAAACAUGCCUAUCACAGCUAAGGUUGAUGUGUAUAGUUAUGGUGUAGUGCUACUUGAGAUAAUUUCAUGUAGAAAAUGUGUUGAAGAAAUGGAUGAAGAAGAUGAAGACAAAGCUAUCUUAACUGAUUGGGCUUAUGAUUGCUACAAAUAUGGUGCUUUAGGUGCAUUGGUUGAGGGUGACAAUGAGGCAUUGGAGGACAAGGAAAAUUUGGAGAAAUUGGUAAAGAUUGCUAUUUGGUGUGUUCAAGAGGAUGCAUGUCUUAGAUCAACCAUGAGAAAUGUGAUACAUAUGCUUGAAGGUACUGUUGAAGUGCAAGCUCCGUUAAACCCCUCACCGUUUAGUAUUCAAUAUUCUCUAAAUUAAUAAGUUGCUAAGCAAGGGGUUCAGCUUGUGCUUAUCCUUGUUUCGCUGUUUUAAGCAUACUGUGAUAUUGCUUUUAUGUCUGUGUAUCAAGCUGUGGUUUUAUGUUCCUUCAAGAGUAGUUGUGUUUUGUACCCGUGUAUAUGGGUGCGACUGUAGUUUCUAUAUCUAAUAUCUAUAUCUACAUAGUUGCUCUCUCUCUCUCUCUCUAAAGAUUAGAUGGCCAAUUUCAAAAUGAAAAUUGAAUCUUUUACAUCAUCUGUGCAAGUAAAUCCAAAUGCUAAUUUUAGUCCAUAUGAAUCAAAUUUUAUUAUUGUGCAUCUGCUUCACUUUCUUCAAUUACAUUGAGUGAUCAAGUUGUGCUUCACUUACCCCAAAUGGUACUAAUUUAAAUCAUGUUGAAUGUUGACAACAUUUGGAGAUCAAUAGCUUAGAAAUUGUGAAUUUCUUCUCCUUCAACUUUGAAGCAAUUAGUCUGCUAUUCUCUUGGAUAUCAUGCAGAAGGUAGUGUUUUAUAGACCGCAAUUUUCCUGUUAGAU